ACAAGAUCUGGUGGUCACUCCAAGAGAAUAACAGAGAAUAACAGUAUAUGUAAAGACGAUUCAAAUAAUAAUCAGAGCUACUAAUCUGUCAAUUAAUAGACCAAUCGUAACCAUAUGCUGGAAUCUAUCAAAGCCUUACAUUCUGCCGAGGGUAGUGCAGUUGAGAAGAAAGCACUAGUUGACUUUUUUAUGUUAUUGUAAGUUGCAAAAAUGUCAUCCUAGAUUUUUACUGACAACAUUACCAUUUUUAUGUUGUAGUGGUGAAGAGAUUUAUGACGAUGUGGGUGAUACUUUGUCUGAGUCCGAGGCAUGCCUCAACAGUAAUUUGAUAAAGCACUGUUUGCAAGUAUGUUCUCGUAUGCUUCGUAAUAAGAAGUAUGACAUUACUAUAUGCCCGGAGAAGCUGAGUUAGUUUCUAUGACUGAGCGACUAAGCAAGCAAGGAUUACUUGACAAUCGUUUCAAAUACUAUGCAGAUGGCAAAGUAAGAAUUAAUGCUGACAAGCAAGAGCUUUUGCUUCUUGAGGUUUCUUCUGCUCUGGGUCGAGCAACCCAAGACAAGGUUGCCUUUGAUCAUACCAAAGCCAUAUUUGGGCUUCUUGCCAUAUUGAAGACUCUCGCCUGCAAAUAUAGUCACGGAUCAUUUGAAUCUUUUAAAAAAAUUGAAUUUCACUUCAUUCAUGUUCAUGAUAAUAAUAGUAAUAUCUUUUCGAUGCAUAAGUCAAUAGAAGUCAACAUAAUUUUGGUUUAAUAGGCCACGCAGUUAGACGCUG